ACUCUUCCUCUCUGUCUCUCUCUCUUGUCCCUGGGUCAUCAUUCCUCUAACAUCUCUUCUCGUUCCACUUUUCCAUUUCAACAUUUUAGGUUAUUUUUUUUUUUUUUACAAAGAUUAAGCGAAUCAAGGUUCACCUUCACCAGUGUUGGAUUUUUUUCUUCCUCCUCUCCUCUCUCUUUUAAUCCUUCGGAAAUCAAACUUCUUCCUUCCUUUCCCCACUCAUCCUUCUUCUUUCUUCUUCCUAGUCUUUUUCUCUCUCUUCUUCCUUUUUCUUCCUCUCCCAACCAAACCCAGAUCUGGGUUUUCCCAUCCAAUGUUAACGUCUCCCUACAAAGAAUCAAAACCAAUGUCACAUUCUUCCGCACAAACUACGUGAUUGUUGUCCUGUUCCUCCUGUUCCUCAGCUUGCUCUAGCACCCCAUCUCCUUGAUCAUCUUCAUCAUCAUGAUGGCUCGUGGCUAAAAGACAAUGAACAAAAUCAAAACCCCUAACAGUUAUUUUAGCUUCCACCAAACAAUUAAUCUUGCACCUAGUUACUGUCGAUGCUUGUAUCCAUCUCCAUUGCUCCCAUCAAUAUACCAAGAAUCUCGCACAACAAUGUGCAAGAUGCCAUACCUUAAGGUCUCAGAUAACGAGAUCCUUAUUCUUCCUUGGAAGUAUAACGGCUGGCAGUUGCAGCGGUGGCACUUGGAAGAUAGAAUCGAGUGUGGCGGUAAUGAGCAAGAGAGAUCUCGAGGAAAAAGUUGGCAAUGGAGGAAGUCAUCAGCUGGUAAAAGACGAUUGGCGAAUGAUCUAGUGCUGGACAAAAAGUCACAGGCUGGAGGAACCUAUAACAAAGGCUUGUAUAACCAAGCUACACCAUUCUUCUUCACCAAUUUCCCAGAAGAAUGGAGCCACGCAGAAAUGUGGAGUACUUUCUUACAAUUUGGAAGGGUUUAUGCUAUAUAUAGCCCGAGAAGCAGGAACAGGAACGGUAACAGAUUCGGCUUUGUGCACUUUCUAGAUGUUAAAGAUAAAAAGGAGUUGGAAAGGAAACUUGAUCAGAUCUGGAUUGGCGACCACAAAUUGUGGGUGAACAUCCCACGUUAUGAUGCGAUGAAAAAAAAGGAGACGGAGCGUAAAACUCCCCAAGGAAAGGACCUGAAAAUUCCUCAAAAUCCAUUGCUAAACAUACAAGGAAGAGGCUUUGCUAAUGUGGUGAAAGGUUCGCGAGGCGCAAAUAGUAGAAAGGUUUGGCAAGAGAAAGGACCAGGGGAGAACUGGCAAGGCAUGGAGUAUAAGGCAAAAUCUGAAGAUAGUGCAUGGCUCGAGGGAACUUAUGUGGGCACGGUCCACUCUGUUGAGAUGCUAGUGCUGCUGGAUUGUGAAGACAAAGAGGAGUUGAAGGACCUCAUGCAAAUGGCUUCAGAAUGGCUAGGUCAAUGGUUCGAAGAGGUCCAUCCUUGGUCACUAGACAAGAUAGCUCAGGAGAGGUUUGUGUGGAUUCGAUGCCAAGGAGCACCAUUGAAUGUUUGGGGCUCAGAUUUCUUUGAAAAGAUGGGAAGGUCAUGGGGUAAAUUCAUUUGCUUGGACAAUAGUACAAGCCAAAAAAAGAGGUUCGACAUUGCAAGAAUGCUGAUAUCUACUCCGAUUAUGGAUUCAAUAUCCGUUAGACGCCAGAUCAAGAACAAUGGCUCCAUUUACAAUAUAAGGUUCACGGAGGAGGAGUUCACCAAUAGUUUCUUCUUAUUGAAACAAGACUUUAUUCCUUCUUUCCAGAGUGAUACGGAAGAAAAUGAAUCAUGGUCAACAGAAAGCUCCAAAGAUGUUCAUGAUUUCCAAGACGUAGACGAUGGAAGGCAAACCAUGGAUGAACCCAGAGAUGCAGAGGGGGAAGAAGAUGACGUGGAGAGAUGCACAGGGGAAUCCAACGGUAAAGUCCAACCCCAAGACCCUCAAGAUGGUGACAGGACAAUUGAUGCAGUGCCUGACAGUAUAGAAAAUUUUGAAAAUUUUGAAUUUUCAAAUGAUGGUGAGAACAGAGCAUGGGUAACGGGAUCGGCACAAAAGAGGGGGUAUGUAGCUUCCGAUGCAGGAUCCAGAAACAAGGAAGGCAGUCAGCUAGGCUUGGGGGAGCACAACAAUAGUAAGCCAUAUGGAGUUGCUAUUGAAAAAGGAGAAGGGCCAAAUUGUGGCCCAAAUAGUGAGGAUUCAGUUCUUAUGGCCCAGGCCCAAGAAUCAAUGGAAGGGGCAAGCCCAAUAGUUAAAGGAAGGAAGUUUAUUAAUGGUAAUAAGAUGGAUUGCUCUGGUCAAAGAAUUGAUGUUAGAAGGGGCACUUUCGGGAGAAGCUCGGGGAGCGAAGAGAGGAGUGCUGGUGAUGGUGUGCAGAGGCGUACAGCCGGAGCUCAAAAGAGAAGGAAAAUGAGAUUCAGAACAUGCAGAUCUGUAUACCUACAAGAAGCCUCGAUGCAGAAGAAGCAAAGAAGGAAAAAGGGAUCCCUAAAAAGAAAGAUGCAACAGAAGCUUGUUAAAGAGAUUUGGGAUCUAGCCAAGCAGCUUGGAGCGAUGGCAAAGUGUGAUGAGGAGGUUAUUCGUAGAAUUGAUGAAAUGGAGAAAAGAGAUAGCCAAGCCAAAUCAUAUGCGAAGAAGAAGGAAGCAAAAGGGGGGGACUUUAAUGCUGUCCGGAGCACAGGGGAGUGGGCAGGUUGCAAAGGGAUGUCCAGAGAAAUGAAAGAAUUCGACAGUUUCAUCAACGAAUCUGGGCUGGUUGAUUUGCCUUUGGAUCCUGGGUGCAAGGAGCUGAUUAGAAAAACAUGGAACUCUACGGCAAUGGAAGGAUGGUAUGGAUUUAGACUCAAGGAGAAGCUUAAAAGUACGAAGAAAGCUUUAAAAGAAUGGAGCAGAAAUUCUGUGACGGAGGUGGACAAGAAAAUAAUGGAAGCUGAGAGAGUGAUAGCUCAACUGGAUGAGAGAGGAGAAAAUGUCCAAUUGUCACCAACUGAAAUUGAAAAGAGGAGAAGCAAUUUUCUUGAAUUGUGGAACAACCUCAAAUUAAAAGAGAAUAUGUGGCAGCAAAAAUCAAGAUUGAUGUGGUUAAAGGAAGGUGAUGCAAACACCAAAUUUUUCCAUAUGUGUGUGAAAGGAAGAUGGAGAAAAAAUGAAAUUAACAACAUCCAGAUUAAUGGUGAGCAGCAUAAGGGAGUGGGGGAAAUUAAAGAAAAAAUGGCGAGUUACUUCGAGCAGCUUUUCACAGAAGAUAAGUGGCAGAGGCCCAAGCUAGACGGUAUCAGCUUCAAACAGAUUGAUAGGGCAGACAAUGAAUCCCUUACGGCAACAUUCUCGAAAGAAGAAAUCAAAAAUGCUGGAUGGGAUUGUGAAUUGUUAAAGUCUCCAGGUCCGAAUGGAUUUAAUUUCAAAUUUGUGAAGUGCAUGUGGGAAGAUAUAAAAUUUGAGAUUGCUGGUUUUAUCAAAGAGUUCCAGGAACAAGGUAGGCUUGUAAGAGGAUCAAAUGCCUCUUUCAUAACUCUAAUUCCAAAGCUAUUAGCAAAUCGCCUUCGAAAAGUUCUGGACAAAGUUAUCGGAGAGCAACAAAUGGCAUUCAUUAAAGGUAGACAGCUAGUUGAUGGGGUGGUUAUUGCUAAUGAAGUGAUUCAUGAGGCAAAGAGGAAAAAGAAGAGAAGCUUCCUUUUCAAGGUCGAUUUUGAAAAAGCAUACGAUAAGGUGAGUUGGGAUUUCCUUGACUAUAUGCUAAUGAGGAUGGGCUUCUGCAGUACAUGGAGAGUGUGGAUACUUGAGUGUCUACAAUCUAGCAUGGUCUCAGUUCUGGUCAAUGGAAGCCCUUCAAGACAAUUUCCAAUUAGCAAGGGACUUCGCCAAGGAGACCCUUUAUCUCCUUUCCUAUUCCUGAUUGUAGCAGAAGGGUUGAAUGGUUUAAUGUCCUCUGCAAUUGAAAAAGAGUUAUAUAAGGGCGUGACAAUUGGCAAGGACGCGAUAAUGGUUACCCACCUUCAAUUCGCAGAUGACACCAUCUUUUUUAGGGAAGCAACAGAUGAUAACAUCAUGGAUUGGGUUAGGAACGGGGCAGGAGCUAGCUCUUCUUGGUGGAGAGAUGUCAGAGGGAUUAAUAAAGUAGGAGGGGAAAAUUCAGGGUGGUUAACAGAGGGUUUUAGAUUGAAGAUAGGAGAAGGGAAGGACAUGAGCUUUUGGUGGGAUGAGUGGUGUGAGGAAAAUUGUCUAGCUAACAAAUUCCCAAGAUUGUAUCUUUUAUCUGUAGGAAAGGAGAAAGAAUGCUACCAAAUGGGAUCUAUUUGCAAUGGAACUUGGAAAUGGAAUCUUACAUGGAGAAGGAAGCUGCUCAAAAGGGAAGAAGAGGCUGCAACAGAACUCAACACACUGAUUGAGGGCGUGAAGAUAUCUCCUGGCCGGCCUGAUGAAUGGGAGUGGACACACAGGAAGGAUUCCCAUUAUUCAACCACAUCAGCGAACUCACUCUUGACAAAGGUGCCGAGGUGUCCGAUUCAAGAAAAAGUCUUCAGGAGAGUAUGGAAUCCCAACCUGCCAAACAAGAUCUCUGCUUUCAACUGGCAACUGCUGCUCAAUAGACUCCCAACCAAAUCCAACUUGCUGAAAAGAGGAUUUGGCUCAAUCAUGGGUGAUGGCAAAUGCAACCUGUGUCAAGAAGAGGAAGAAGAUGCAACCCACUUGUUUUUGAAAUGCAAAACAGCAAGAUGGCUUUGGAAAAAGUGUGCUAGGUGGUGGGGGAUCAGUAUAGAGAUACAAGAGGACUGCUGGAAGACUUUUGAACAUCCGGGGGCGUGGCCCAGAAACAUAAAGAUCAGAAAAGGAUGGGACUACACCUGGAGUGCAAUAGUACGGUCCAUUAGGCUGAUGCGGAAUAAAAAGAUCUUCCAGAACCGAGAGAUGAACUUGGGUAAGCUACUCGAACUUGUUCAAAUACGAUCUUUCUUAUGGAUUAAAGCAAAAAAAGCCUGGUGUUACUUUAGUCUUUCGGAUUGGUUAAGCAAUCCUGUUGCAUGCCUCACUGUUAAUUGUGGUGGUACAUGCUAGGGAGGGAAUAGUCUGAAAGAUGGAAUUAACAUUAUGUGGCUUGGUUUUGUGUUGUUUAGUGUAAUUUCUUGGGUUGAGUACCCCUUGUACUCUUUAUCAAUAAAGUUUACUGUUCAAA